GCACGUACUGCUGACUGGUUAAAGUUGACCACCAUGGCCACAGAAAAAAUGGAAGAAUCGGUUAAGCGCUUCUUUGUGGGAAAGGAGAAGGACCUCAUUCAGGCCAAACGCAAAAACAUUACAGUCGGUGAUAGGGACCUACUGAUCAUUUAUCAUCAAGGAAUGUUCUAUGCUAUGGAUCAGCACUGUUACCAUGCAGGUGGAUCUUUGUUAAAUGGAGAUAUUGAGGAAAUCAACAGCAAACACUGCAUUGUGUGUCCCAAGCACAAGUACAAGAUCAGCCUGGCACAGGGCGAGUGCCUUUACAAGGCCUCCAAUCCUAAAGAUAAGACCCAGCCUCCUCGCUGGUAUUCCAAAGGUAUAAAGCAGAGAGUCCACAAUGUGACUGUGCUGGAUGGAGACAUCUUUGUGACACUGUCCGAAAUCCCAAAAUGGAUUGAGUCAGACUAUUAUCAGACAGAAAAUGGCAAAGAAGAGCUAAAGAAAGCGCAGAAUGAAGAAACAGCCACUGAAUCAAACAGCUAAGUGCUGACCCAACCUAGGAGAAACGAGCUUCACAAUGCCUUGGGAAACUAGACAGACAUGUGCUAAGUACUAGUGGUUUUGUUAGUGAAACAGUUCAUGUGAAACAGUAUCUAAUACAAAACAAAAAGAACUAGUUUUUCUGUUGCAUGCAGCACAUUCAGCAUUUAUGCAUGUUUUGAGUAAUUUUGACCAAUAUUCUCUACAGAUGCUUACUUUUAUACAUACCACUGUUCAAACCAGAGCCAUGCAAAAGAAAAACCUGCAACACAGAUAUCAGUCUUUACAGCACGAAAAACAGCCAUGGGGUGGAAUAAUGGCUCAUCCCAGCUGAUUGCAAGUGAAGGUGAUGCAGCUGAUUGUGAUGUGCCAUGUCAAGUAGUUUCUUUUUUAGGUGAUAACUGUCUGUGGUAAUAAAAGGACUUCCUGUAUCUUAUUUUACAGUAGGUCAAAGAUGCAGACCUCAGAUCAUAGAGCAGAACCCUGUUCUCAUAUAUUAACAUCUUAAACCAUGCAACCAUUUUCUGACAUGGUUUUUCAUAUGUUACUAUCACUAUUCUAUUAAUAUUA